AUGGGUGAACCAUGGCGAGUUGGAUUAUUUGGAUGUUUUGAAGAUAUUAAUACAUUUCUACUUGGUUGGUGUUGUCCAUGUUAUUUAUUCGGUCAAAAUGCUGAACAAAUCGAUGGAUCAAGUAAAAUUACUAUGUGUAUUGGAUAUUCAUGCUUAGCAGGAUGUGGUCUUUGUUGUUUACUUCAUAAACCACGACGACAACAACUUCGUGCAACAUACAAUCUUGUCGAAGAACCAAGUGAUCUUCUUUCAACAUGUUGUUUAUCUGCUUGUGCCAAUUGUCAAGAAGCAAGAGAAAUGCAAAUGCGAGGUGUACAACCUGGCAUGCGUAUUCCAAUGGUUGCUCAACCUAAUUAA